AUGAGCAUUCGAGCAGUCACGCGACUUUUACAAGACGCUUCUCGACGUGUGUUCUCGCAGUCCAAUUCAAGUGAGCGGCCGCAGGGGGACAAUAAUAGAUCACAGCAAAUGGGCUUUCCGCCAAAGCAACGGGACACCAAAUUCACCUUUGGUGGCCAUGACAUCAAGGGCGAAGAGAGUAUCUUAUUGCUCGGUGUGGUAUUCUCCCGCAUCUUGGCCAACAUCCAGAAUGUGCUCGCAUCUCUCAAGAAAUCUCUUCCACGCCUAUGUCACGGUGAGGUCGAUUUUCAAGAAAGCGACACCUACAUAAGCUAUCUACGCAAAUUGCUUGAGGGGCUGGAGGCUGGUGCGCAAGUGUUGUCAGCAAAUUUGUUAGAGUUUCGUCUGUGA